CUAAAUUUUUUUGUUCUCUCAAAAAGAGGCAUUUGAUGUAACUUUGCUAAGUAUUACCUUUUGAAAGCUGGGGUUAUUCAAUUAGAACUUACAUGUUAAGGGCAGAAAUGAGAUGACAGAACUAAAGUAAGUCCUUAGGACGUGAUAGUAAUAAUUACAUCUUUAGCCAGGGUAAACCUGUCAGCAAUUGCUGAUAUCCUACUGCCCUAGUUCUUGUGAGACUGAUCUGAAAGCUUGUGAAAAGUCAUAGACUUAAUGAGGUUUCUUUCUUACUUGUGCAUACUGUCUCACAUGAACAAUGACACUGUGGUAAUUAGAACAACGAGCAUUGCCUUAUUUUGAAAAACUACAGACACAGGAUAGUAAUUUUCAGAAAUAGCAUAAUGUCACAGACUUAUUACUUACUUACUUACUAACUGGAUUUUAACAUAGAGGAUUUGUAUAGAUACCCUAGCUGCUAAAACUAUGAUAUUUGUGCUCUUUCUAUGGAUGCAUUUUAUUGUCGCAGAAGUUGAGAUUUUCUUGAUAAUGUUAGUUGUAUAAUUUGGGCACACCUGAACUCAUGCUAAAGAUCGUUAACCCUUAUGAGGUAUAGUAUAAUCUCCUAGAUUAUACUAUACCUCAAACAUAGUUUGUUAAUUGGCAUUAGAUUUCUGUUACCCAGCACUCACAUACAUAGAAGACACGAUACUUACCUGACAUGGGUAAGUGUCCCAUUUCUAUUCAGUUUUUCUGCAUCUUGGGACUCGUUGCCCAACAGCAGUCCUUGCACACCCAAUGUUGGCGUACUUGUGUACCCUCCUUCAGGCAUUACUUGGCAGAUCACUCUAGCUCUGUUAAGUAUAAUGUCAUUCAUCUAGGAACUUCAAGAGUGAAGAAGGGAAGAAAGGCUGAUAUUCUAAACAUGAAGCACAACUGUGAUGUUGUCAUCAUGAUGCGAAACAGGCAUGGUGAUGGUCACACUGUAACUGUGUAUGGCACUGCUGGUGCAGGGGUUGCCUUCAUUGGAAAUAGGAAUGACGUUAAGAUUUCAGAAGGUGGAGAUGUGGCAUUAGAGCUGUUUAUGAAGUUUAUCAAAGGUGCUCUAAACCAAUACUUUUCCAUUGAUAAUAUAGAAGCCAAUCAGAUCUACAUACUGUAUGAAUUACCAAAACAGACACUUGCAUUAUACUUAUUGAAUACCUAUGUCAAGUUACCAUUUUAUCAUUAUGAUAUUUUUACUGGUGUUGACAAAAAUUUACAAAACAGAAAAAAACAAAAUAAAGCAAACUGA